GAAGAUUUUGUAGGGAAAUAAAGUUAAAGUAAAAAGAAGAAAAGAAAGUGAGAGAUCAGCAGAGUGGGGAGAGAAGAGGUGGAGUGAGGGAAGGAGGGAUCUGAUAAAAGAUAGAUAGAUGAAUGUUAAUGUUCGUUGUUUGUCUCGAUGGUAACAGGAUGGAAUCUGUGACAUCACAGCCGUGGGCUUUAAAUUGGUCGCCGUGGCGUCGGCUCUCAGAACAGACGAGUCCUGCACAGGACAGAACACACCACCAUCAUCACCACCACGACACACACACACACACACACAUCACAAUAUACAACGGAUACACACUGCUGCUCUUCAGAGAGAACACGACCAAGAGAGAGAUUUUUAUUAACUUUUAUUUUUGUAUUUAUUUUGAAGGAGGAAAAGGCUGUUAUUUAUUUGACUUUUGCCAAAUAUCAUUAUCCAAGAUGGCCUCUUUAUCCUCCUGCCUUUUUCCUCUUCUCCUUUUAAUCACCAUGGUGACAGAGGUAAUGAGCCAACCAUUGUCAAAGAGACCAGACUCUCAGAUUCUACAGGAUCUGUUCGGAUCACAGAUCACAUCCCUCUUAUUGUCCCAACCAGAGAUCACAGAAGGCUCAGCUCAAAGCCCCGCCCCCACAGAGAGAGAUAGGCGUGGUCUGUCAGGAGGCAUUGUGAUGAAGGAACCUCAGGGCCUGGUGUCUCAUCCUGUCCUCAACUUCCUGUUGAGGCACAGGAAGUUACGUGUGAGGAACAGGAAGAGCUCUGCGCGAGGCUGCUUCGGCAUUAAAGUGGACCGCAUCGGAGCGCUUAGCGGACUGGGCUGCUGACGCCGACGCUAAUACCACUAAUCCAGCCAAACCAACACUUCCACACCUCCCCACACUUAUACACACCUCCACAUACCUCCACACACUUCCACAUACACCAAGUGUCAGACACAGAUGGUAAGAUAGACUCACUAGCUGGAGGAGUGAAGAUGGCUGGAGGUGUGAUUGAGGAGCAAGCACUGAUCCUGGUUCAGAAAUGUAGUGAGAAACAAAACUUACCUGAGACUCUGACCCGCCCUGACCUCUUCUCCAGGGCUCUGUUUGUGUGUUCGUGUGUGUGUGUUGCCCUUUAUGAGGACUAAUUAACUUCAUGUUGAUAGAGAAAAAUGUACAAGCUUUACUGUGAGGAAUGUCCCGCUGGUCCCCACUAAAAAGUGCUUUAUUAAAAACGACAAGCUGAAAGGUUUCCUCCUGAGCCUGAGUUUAGCAUUAGCAUUAUUUAACAUUAGCAAUAAACAAAUCAGUGGAAAGUCCUCAUGAGGAUAAUAAAACCAGCACUGUGUGUCUGUAUGUGGUGUCUGUGUUGGGGGGUUGGUGGACACGAUAAUCUGUAAUGAUGAUGAUGAUGAUGACAGAUUUUAGUGAAAUUGAAGUUGAUCUCUCUCUGCUGUGGGUCUCAUUACGUAUGAUUAUUUUCCUUUCAGGCAUCCCUACAUGCAAACAUGCACUGUGGCACACACUGUGGUUCAUGGCACACCCUCAAUGGCCAUGUUCACCAUCCUAACACACACACACACACACACACACACACACACACACACACACACACACACACACAAAUGUAAUUGCAGUGUGAACUGUAGAAAACAUUAUAUUUAAUAAUAAUAAACUGUAUUUGAAUCAAUAAAAGAGCAGCUUGGGUUAGAGAGAGAGAGAGUGUGUG